AUGCCUUCAGAAGGCACCGGUCGUUGGUGGAAGGCAUACCGAUGCGUGUGGAGCACGAAGAGUGCAUGCUACCUGUACCACGCGUGUGGUGAGCCACUGCGUGGUGGCCUACGAGCUGCACCGGAGGGAGCGCUCACGCUGCCGCCUGAAGGUGGGCCGGCAGACAGGCUGCAAGCAGUGCCUCCAGAGUUCCAGUCCUUUCUGACGGGCUGGACCGGCGAGUUUGCACGGCUUGUGUUUGAGCAUUGCCACCACAAGUACUCUGAGAGCAUGCCAUGCGGCUUGCUCUUGCACAUGGCCCGGCAGAGCCGGGAGCUGUUCCUUGCAGAAAAAACGGUGCAGCGAAUCCAGACCCCCCGGGAUGGGAAACUGGUGAUCUUCGGAGACACCCACGGCCAUCUCAAGGACUUGGUUCAUGUUUGGCUGCGGGAAGGCUUGCCGAAUGCCUCCACCCAUUAUCUCUUCAACGGUGACAUCUGCGACAGAGGAGAUGCCGCAGAUCGUGGUGGCAUGGAGGCAGUUCAGAUAUGGGCCUGUGUCCUGAGCCACAAGCUCGCCUUUCCUGGAGCCGUGCAUAUGAACCGCGGCAACCACGAAGAUCACCACUACUCUUUGCACUACGGUGCCAAGGGUUUCUAUGGUGAGCUCGAUCGCAGGUACAAUGCCGAUGAGGCCAAGGCUCUCAAGGCAGCGUUCAAGGAUCUUUGUGACUGCCUUCCGCUCAUGACCGUGGUCGACGAGGCCAUGGUCGUUGUGCACGGGGGCCUUCCGCGCUUCCGGCAAUCCUCGGCCAACGCUGCCAGCCUCGAUGAGAUCGAGCAGAUCCGACGGCCUCUGCAGGUUCAGACUCAUGCCGAGAACCGCCAGGACCAGAUCAUCACUGAUUUGUUAUGGUCUGAUCCUCAAGCAGAGCCAGGCAUCGGACCGAGCAGCCGUGGCAAAAGUCUCAUCAACUACGGCCCAGACGUUGCGGCGGAAUUCUUGGCGGCUCACAAACUAAGCCUCCUGGUGCGGUCGCAUGAAGUCGCCAGCGGCUGUGAGUGGUGGCACCCCUUGGCAUCCCAGGGCUCGGGAGAAAAGCUUCAGCUGCUGUCUUCUGAGCAGCAGGGCCUCACAGUCACCGUCUUCUCUGCAAGUGACUACUGUGGGCACUAUGACACCAAUCUGGGUGGCACGAUCGUGUUGAAGGGUUCAGCGAAGAGUUUCAAGGUUGUGAGCCACAAAGCUUCGGAUGCUGCAGCAACUCUGAAAUCAACCGCUGUCACGGAGAAAGUCAAUGGCUCUGUCCUGGAGAUUUUGAGCGCUAUUGUCCAAAACAAAGGGCAGCUGCUCGCUGAGUUUCGGGCCUCUGACGACGAUUCACGGCUGAUGCUUUCCAAAGAGGAGUUCGCCGUUUGCUGCAGCCGAGUUGUGCCAGAAUUGCCUUGGCGGGACAUCUGCACAGAACACUCGCCACACCUGCUUCUCCACAACGGUUCCAUCUGCUACAUGCGGCUUCUUUCCAAGUAUCGUUUGGUCUUUCGAAGCAACCAGGAUACCAUGAGGAUUGCCUUCGGAAACUGCUUAUUUGGGUCUUUGCUACGCAUGGAGACUUCCGUACGCCAGCUGCAGGAGAGCAUGGGAGACUUGACGUCGGAAGCGUUUCUAACUUUCAUAGCAGACAGUGGUUGUUGCAUUUCGAUGAGGCUGCUGCAGAUGUUGUACAGGUCCUUGGCCUGCGGCAAAGAUAAAGAUAUGCUUCAGAACUUUGUCGGUGCAUUUUCCGUCGCAUUCCGGUCGAAGCACGGCAUGUCGACAGAGGUUGCCAGCAGAUUGGGCAGCGUGUGUCGUGACCUCCUCAGUGCUCAUCCAGAGAAGCCCCUCGCGACCCUGCUUCUGGACUUCUUUCAACAAGCGGAUGCCAAGAAGUCUGGCUUCGUUGAGGUGAAAGAGGUGGCGUCUUUGCUUCAAGGGCUACCGAGCCUGAAGAAGGCUGCCGACAAUGAAGUGCAGCUUCUAGCCCAGUCCAUGGAUGACAGUGGUAGCGGCAAGAUCAGAUACAUUGAGCUCGUGAAGUGCCUUCGCAUAGAGAGCCGCAAAGCGGCUAAGCCUGGGCAGCUGUCACCAGAAGUUCUGCUGGAUGACUGGCUCGAGGCCACGUGCAGCAUGCUGGUUUUCGAGUAUGGCUUGGGGACUCUGGCAGGUCUGUUUCAACAGGUGCUGCCGCCAGGGGAAACUCGCUGCAGUCCCAAAGUGUUUAAGCAAGUCCUGCAAGCCUUGCCGGAGAAUCCGUAUGGCCCAAGUCUCAGCCACCAGCAACUGGAGAGCCUUGUGGUCAGUCUGGAAUUGGAUGAUGAGGGGCUCUUCAACUACCAGGACUACCUCGCGGGCUUUGAGAUCAUAGACGCAGAGCGUCAGUGA